AAUAACUUUAGGUUUAUCAUUCCUCCUUCUACCUGAUAUUGGAAAUGGACAUGUAUAUGAAAGUGCAUUAAAGAAUUAUGCUUUCAAGAUGAACUGCAAGCUGUAUUUUUUCCUUAUAUUAGUACUGUUUGCUAAUGAAGUUGGUUGCAAGGCAAAGGCAGUCUUUGAAUUUCUCAAACUUUCAAAGGAAUUGAUUUCUGUGAGCUUCGAUUUGGCAUCCAUCCUCAACGACAACGAUAACGAUGAGGUCUUGUCGAAAUUAACAGAAAUUCAAAAACAAAUUGAUGAUACUUUGUCCUACAUUGAUAUGAAAAUUGAUAAUCUUAAAAUUUUUAUAACUGAGGAAAUAUUCUUUAAUGGUCUUAACCGGGACAUCCAGGAUAUCAAUAGCUGUCUUACAGAUUAUUAUUAUUUCAAAAAAGACAUGAAUGACAAAGGUUUACAAGACAACUUUUGGAAUCGCUGCAAUGGGAUAAUUACCCCUUUACGAAAGAUUCGCAGCAUUUUGAUAGGUGCAAAAGUGAUUGGAAAUAAUGCACUAGUUAAUCACUUAAAAGAAAAGGAAGGGUUUUGCAACGGUACGACCAUUUCAAGAGUAUUUUUGUAUAUUUCUAAGUUUUAUGUCGAAGGUUGUGCUACUUUUGUCCUGGCUCAAAAAUACAAACAUGGUAAUUCAUCAAAACCUUACCUUGAAGAAUGCAACAAUGGAUUAUCUGAUAUUACAGAUUAUAUGAAGUCCUUUUAUGAAAGUUGCGCUAAAAUAGUCUGUUCAGACAAAUUCCAGAUCAAACUAAGUUCUUUGCAUAUUGGCGUCGAGAAAUGGAGCAAAGCAAAUGAAACAGUUAGUACUCUAAAAGAAAUAUUUCCUUAUUUAGAAUUUAUUGUUAUUCAGAAAAACCUAAAGAAAUCCCAAACAUGCAUCACCAAAGUUAACGAACUAGAACACAAAACCUUUAGUGGUACAGAAUUCCAAUUUGAUGUUUAUGCUCUGCCGUCUGAUGUCCAUAAUUCAAAUAUGAGCAAUCAGCACCAACCAAUAAUCGAAGUUGAAUCCCCUUUAUUCAUUGCUAUUGCAACGAGUAAUAUAAAGGUAGAAAGUAUUCACUUAAAGGGUAUGUCAAUCCAUGUAAUUGUUCCUAAUGUAACUGAAACACCAUGUUUUUACGAGUUUGCUAUACCAACAUCUGCAACUGCUUCCUCGCUAUUUGUAAUAACAGGAUUGAUUUUGUUGCAGUUCGCCAGUUUGUUAUUUAUAAUGUAAAUGAAAUGGUUGGAAAAAUGCAAAUAAAAAAAACCCGGGUCUUUUUGGAAAUAGGUAGACUUUCAGGCCAGGUUGACGAGGAUAAUAAUUGUAACCCAUUAAGAAUAUUCAGUAAACAAGAACUAUAAACAAAU